AAUCCCCUUGUUUAUUUCUUCUAUAUCCAUAUGGUUAAUAACCGCUUCAUUUUGAUUAGUUAUCAUUGACCAUUAAGCUUGGCGAUUCUACGUAAAUUUAAAAAAGUUCGGAGCACGGAGAUCUAUCUACGGAGAUUUUUGUACACAGGAACUAAAAAACCUUAAAUAUCACCACUACUGAAAAGGUAUAUAAAUACAGAGUAGAAUUACUCUAAACUUGGAUACAUUACUUAUAUCAGUAAUCAAAUCAACUAAACUGAUUAUAACAAAAAUCAAAACCUUUUCAGAACAAAUGUCCGCUAUUCCAAAAACUCAACUCGUUUCAUUAUUUGAAACUACAGGUUCGCUCGACGUUUUAAAGACUGCAAAAAUUGCAUCUCCCCAAAUCGCUGCUGCAAAUGAUAUAAUUAUCAAGAAUAAAUAUGCUGGUGUUAAUUUCAUUGAUUCUUAUCUUAGAAAAGGUCUUUAUCCAUCUCCAGAAUUACCAUUCACUUUAGGUCAAGAAUCUAGUGGUGUUGUGGUAGCUAUUGGUGAUGAAGUUACUAAUUUUAAAGUCGGUGAUAAUGUUGCUUAUAUUGCCCCCAAAGCAUUUGCUCAAUAUACAAAACUUACUGAUAAAUCAAAACUUGUAAAGUUAGAUGAUAACCUUUCUGAAGAUGAAUUUAAAAUUUAUGGUGGUGCUUUAUUACAAGGUUUAACUGCGUUAACAUUUAUUUCUGAAUCUUAUAAUGUUAAGAAAGAUGAUUUUAUUUUAGUUUGGGCUGCUUCCGGAGGUACAGGAAGUAUUUUAGUUCAAUUAGCUUCUCAGAGAGGUGCAAAAGUCAUUGCUAUUGCAUCUACUUCUGAAAAGUUAGCUAAGACCAAGGAAUUAGGUGCUCAAUUUACUAUCAAUUAUAAAACUGAAGAUGUAGCCGCCAGAGUUAAAGAAAUCACUAAUGGUCAAGGUGUAGCUGCAGUAUAUGAUUCUGUUGGAAAGGUUUCGUUUGAUAUCUCAUUAGAAUCAUUGACCAGAAAGGGUACAUUUGUAAGUUUUGGAAAUGCAAGUGGUAUGGUUCCACCAUUAGUCAUCACUAGAUUAUCUGCUAAGAAUAUUGUUUUUGUUAGACCAAGAGUUUUAGGUUACGUCGAAACUCCACAGGAAUGGGAUCAUUAUACUGGAAUCUUAUUGAAUGCUUUACAAUCUGGUGAUCUUAAAUUAGAUAUUAGUGCUGUUUAUCCUUUAAGUGAAUUUUCAAAAGCUACUGAAGCUUUAGAAAGUGGUAAAACUUCAGGAAAAUUAAUUAUUGAAAUUCCUCAAUAGUUAUUAAUAUCUCUAUGAUUUUCUUACUUAAGUAAACUAAAAUUUCUUAUAAAUAAAUACUUAAAUAUGAUCUAAUAUAUCAGAUUCUAUAAAUUAUAGUUUUCUACUAUAGAAUAUGAAAAUAAAUAACAGAUUGGAUGAAAAAUUUCCCUGUAAAAUUGGUAGCGC